AUGGGCACUGCAAACUACCUGGACACAAUAGGAGUUCAUGUCCUGAUCUUAAAGCUGGCAUACCACCAUAUGUUCCUCCCCAAAAGCAACAUGUCAGGAGAAGGAGAAGGGCAGAACCAACUACUGAAGAAGAUCAAGAGGCAUGACCAAAUGUUCAAGAACAGCAAGAGGAAGCACCAAAUGCCCAGGAGGAGCAAGAGGCACAACAUACACAGGAUGAGCCUGUCACAACUCAGGUUUUUAUGUUCUACUUCUAUAAAUCUUGAUGCUUGUUCUUGUAAUUUACUAGAUGAUAUCAAUGACCAAAUUCCUCCAUCUGUUGUGUAUACUCAUGAUAUGCUCAAUGAAAUGAUUUUCCAGAGACCUAUGCCAAAGACAACUACUACUCCUAGGCCUUUGCCAGAUAGUUCUUUUAUUACUGCUGCUAGAGAAGCCCUUGGCACAGGGACAACAAGCACCUCAACAGCAGCAGGAGACCUUUCUAUGAAGGCUGCAGCUAUGAGAAUUGCAAAAGAAAAGGUCUUUGCUGCACAGAGAGAUGCAACACGAGAGCAAAGGUAUGAGUCCCAUGAGAAGCUAGCUGCUGAUGUGCUUGCCAGGAGAGAAGCAGAGAAGGCAAAGAAAGAAGAAGAGAAGGCAGAGAAGAGAGCAGAAGCACUAGCAAAGAAAGAAGAAGAGAAGGCAAAUAAGAGAGCAGAAGCACUAGCAAAGAGAGAAGAAGAGAAGGCAAACAAAGCACAGAAAAUGGCAGCAGAGAUAGAAGAAAAGAGGAAAGCUGCAAUUGCCAGGAGAGAAGCUCUUCUACAGGCAAAGCUUAGGGAAGCAGAGGAGAAGAAGGCUGCUGCACAAGCAAAGAGGGUUGCUUCUACUAUGUCCAACAGAGCAAAAAAAACACAAGGUCAACAUGUUUGA